GCGCCUAUCGAGCUGCAUGCAGCCGCCGCCCCUCUUCGGCGCACGCUGCCGUCACCAGGCACCAAAGCUGCAGGCAGCAGAGCCCCGGCCAAAGCCACCCCGCCGCGGCCGCGAUCUCGCGCUGCAUCUGCAGCACGCACCUUGACGCCACGGGCAAGGGGCGCUGUGACUCGCUCGCGCCGCAGCAACGCUCAAGAGGCGCGCAUCUCGAGCCCGUCGUGGCCUCGUCGCAGCACGCUCAACGAUGUCCGGCCAUCCGGCGCGCCUCGACGUGCGCCCGCCCUACUAUCUCGUCGCCUUCAGCAGCUCGCGCCGGCCCGACCUCGACGGCGCCGCCUACGCGCGCACGGCCGCACUGAUGGAGCAGCUCGUGCAGCGCUCGCCCGGCUAUCUCGGCGCCGAGUCGGCGGCGCAGGGUGACAAGGGCAUCACCCUCUCGUACUGGCGCGACGAGGCCAGCAUCCGCGAGUGGAAGCGCAACGCAGAACACCUCGUCGCGCAGCAGCUCGGCAAGGAGGCGUGGUAUGCCGCCUACCGCACACGCGUGGCACUCGUGCAGCGCGAGUAUGGCUGGGAGGAGGAGGCGGCAGAGGCGGAGCGGGACCGCAGGCGAGAAUGAGAAUAGAGAGGCCUCGCUCUGCCACCUUCACACGCCGCAUGUCACGGUGCAUCGCUCCACCGACGAGGCCGCGCCAGGGUCCC